UGAAAAUAUCCACAAUAAUGAGUCUUGAGACUUGACCCUCCCACUCACUUAUAUAACAGAACUGAUAAAUUCAACACACACACUCUUACACAUACAUACCUAGCUAUAACCUAUCAACAAUGAAGUUGCUUCUAACCAUCUUCUUCACCUUAUCUCUCUUUUCAUUCUCCAAUGCCUCAGUGCUAGAUUUCUGUGUGGCAGACUACACUGCUCCCAAUGGCCCUGCAGGGUACUCAUGCAAGAAGCCUUCAAAGGUGACAGUGAAUGACUUUGUCUACUCAGGCCUUGGAACUGCUGGCAACACCUCAAACAUCAUAAAAGCUGCAGUGACUCCAGCAUUUGAUGCUCAAUUCCCUGGUGUCAAUGGCCUUGGAAUUUCCAUUGCACGUUUGGACUUGGCACCUGGUGGCGUUAUCCCACUUCACACACACCCUGGAGCCACGGAAUUGUUGGUGGUUGUGACAGGUAGAAUCUGCACAGGCUUUGUUGCUUCGGACAACACUGUGUACCUCAAAACUCUUGAAAAGGGUGACAUCAUGGUGUACCCUCAAGGCUUGUUGCACUUCCAAAUCAACGCUGGUGGCUCUCCUGCCUUGGCCUUUGUGAGCUUCAGCAGUGCCAACCCUGGCUUGCAGAUUCUCGACUUUGCUUUGUUCAAAAGUGACUUCCCCACUGAACUCAUCACGGAAACAACUUUCAUUGAUGCUGCUGUGGUCAAGAAGCUUAAGGGUGUUCUUGGAGGCUCCGGUUAAGUUGGACUAAAUGGUGUUAUAUAUGGUCAAGACUUGUGUCAUUUUUGUUAAAUUUUAUUUGUGUGGUUUUAGUUUGGAUUUAGCAUGCAUGCAUGUAAUUGUAAACGUGUGAGUUUCUUCUUCUUUAGCAGGCUUUGUUAACCGGACCAGUGGUCUGGUUUCGGUUUAUGUUUGUUUUAGAGGCCAAUAACUUCUUACUUGAGAAAUUUGUGCUACAAGAUGAAUAAAUGUGUCGUAUUUUCUUGCA